CCAAAUCUAUACAUUGAAUUUUCAAACCCUAAAUUGUUAUCUGACUGAUUGCUUUACCAAUAAAAACAAAAAAAGAAAAUUCAUAUUCUGUCAGUCAGGUUCAUUGUCUUCUAAGAAUAUGGAAGCGAGAGAGGGACAAAGCUCAACAACAACAGGAGGAGGAAGAUACACACUGCUGCCACCAGCAGCAGGAAGAGGAGGAUUAGCAUCGGAAGACAUACUAUUCUGCAUCGAUGUGGAUCCCGAAUGCCUUGUCGAAAUGAAAAACACGAGCGUCAUCGGCAGGCCUUUCACCCGUUUGGAAUCCAUAAAACAAGCCAUCCUUCUUUUCGUCAAUGCUAAACUCACUAUUCACCCCGAUCAUCGUUUCGCUUAUUGCGCCCUCGGCAAAUCCCCUUUUUGGCUAAAGAAGGAGUUUAGCAGUGAAGUUGAGUCUGCGAUUGCUGCAUUUCGAGGGAUCAACGUUGAUUCAUCUGCUGCGGGUCAUGCCGAUCUCACCCAUCUUUUUAAAGUUGCUAAUCAUGAAGCUAAAAAAUCCCGUGCUCAGAAUCGUAUCCUCCGAGUGAUCCUACUCUACUGCAGGUCAUCAGUAGCACCUCACCACCAAUGGCCCACAACCCAAAAGCUUUUCACAAUGGAUGUGGUUUACCUCCAUGAUAAGCCAGGCCCCGACAAUUGUCCACAGAAGGUAUAUGACGGUCUGGUGGACGCCCUUGAUCAGGUUAGUGAAUACGAGGGCUACAUCUUUGAAAGUGGCCAGGGACUAACACGUGUCCUCUUCCGUCACAUGUGUGUGCUUUUAUCACAUCCACAGCAACGUUGUGUCCAAGAUGAUGUUGAUAUUCCCAAAUCGCUUACAAGGAAGUCACCUGUAGUUGAUUUAUCCUCUUCUGAUCAAGAAUGUGUUCCUGUGCCUAGUCAGUGACUUGUUUCUUGGCUCUGUUUGAACAGCUUCUAUGCCUGUUGGCUGAGUCUUUGGAUGCCUGGUCUGAGUGUGUUAAUUGGUUGGAUUCGGUUCCUGCUUUAGCCUGUCCUUGACCUAAUAGCUAUGAGACUCUGGUAAUACCUGUUGUUGAUCCUCAUCUUGUACUUGUGAACAGCAGCAGAGGCCGCAUAUGAUAAGUUAUUCCAGAAUCAAUGUGAAUAUCGCGCCGAAUAGGAUUAGCUCCCAACCCAUCGAUAUGAUGAAAUCUGAUGACUUUGUAAUGGUAAGCAAACCAGGGCAUAAAAUUGUAUGGAAGUGUAAUUCGUCAAGUUACUCUCGAACGAAUUCAAGCCUGAUUUGAAGCUUGUUAAGGAAGUUAGAAGACUCUUGUAUUAAUUAACAUAAGUAAACUUGUAUAAUAUAAGUUGUAUGCUAGAUAUUAUUAUUAUUAUUAUAAAUAACUGAUUAAUUAUUCUCUAGAUGGAUCGUAAGUUAAAAAGUUUAUGUAUAUUUUUUACAGUUAUAAUUGAAUGUAUUUAAAAAUUA